AUGCUGAAGUAUGAGCUUUUGAAUGUGAUAGGCGAGGGGGCCUAUGGCACGGUCUACCGCUGCAAGCACCGGGAGUCGGGCAGGGUGCUGGCCCUCAAGGAGUUCAAGGACUCGACCGAGGACGACUUGGUCAGGAAGACCACCAACCGCGAGCUGAAAAUGCUGAGGGCCUUGCGACACCAAAAUAUUGUUGAAUUUCGGGAGGUCUUCAAGAACAAGGGUGGAAUGGUGUGCCUAGUGUUUGAGUACGUGGAGAACAACCUGCUGGAGGUGCUAUAACUGGCGAAGAGCGGGCUGGCGGGCGACAUGGUCAGGUCGGUGAUCUACCAGAUCCUCAGAGGGCUGGCCUACAUGCACGCCAACCAGGCCGUGCAUCGGGACAUCAAGCCGGAGAAUAUUCUUGUCGGAGGCAAGUUAGAAGGUUGUCAAAUUUGUGAUUUUGGGUUCGCGAGGUAUUUGAGGAAGGAGGCCGGCAUGCCCUUCACCGAGUAUGUCGCCACCCGCUGGUACCGUCCUCCUGAGCUGCUCGUAGGGGCGCCCUACGGCUGUCCGAUCGACAUCUGGGCCCUCGGCUGCAUCAUGGGCGAGCUGAUCGACGGCAACGCCCUGUUCCCAGGCGACAACGAAAUGGACCAACUUUUCCUCAUCCAAAAAUGCCUGGGCAGGCUAACCCCCUAACUCAACGAGUAUUUCCUCAAGCACCCGCCCUUCUUAGGCAUAAAGUUCCCUGAGAUCAUCCACAUCGAGACCCUGGAGAGGCGGUACGUUGGCAAGCUGCAGCCCCUGGCGAUAUCCCUCCUGAAGGGCAUGCUCAGGAUCGACCCUGAGGAGAGGCUCACUGCCGUAUAAUGCCUGCGACAUGCCUAUUUUGACGAGGUGAGGGUGGCUGACGAUAUGCGCGUCAUCGAGGAUGGAGCUUCCAAGGAAUUAAGGCUGCAGUCGGCCACCUCAAACCACGAUGAUCUGUAA